GCAGUCUGACAAAAUGUACCCAUAAUCGUACCCAGGGGUACACACAGGGUUACAGCAGUUUUGACUUUGACAACCGCAAAAAUCGCGACGAUGCUUCCAGGUCCAUGGCGCCAGCAAUUGCGCGCACUGCAGCGUCAAGGCCAGCGUCACCGUGCUCGUGUCCCAUUGGCUUCACUUCGCUCUCUUUCUUCUGCUUCAUCGGGCUCUAACGGUGAUGCAGAGUUCGCUCUGGGGGUUAAGUAUCUGCUGGGCAAAGCCGAAGGUGCCGGUGAUGUGGGCAGUGCCGCGUCGGUGCACGGAGCCGUGCUACAUUGGACGAACGCAGCGGAGAUGGGCCACAUACGUGCACAAGGCGCACUGGGCAGUUUGUAUCUCAAGGGUCACGCUGGAAUUCCGCGCAAUGUGUCGCUGGCUAGGCAAUUCCUGCAGCAGGCAGCCGACGCUGGUCACGACGGCAGCUGCCACGAGAUUGGCAAGCUCUUCUUCCAGGGAAGCGACGAAGUUCCGCGUGACUUGGAGCGCGCACUCCACUACUGGACGCAGGCGGCAGAAAGUGGCCACAUGGCCGCCAGCUACGACUUGGGCUACAUGUACGCGCAAGGGCUACACGUGACGCAGGAUGAGGAUAAGGCUGUGCAGCUCUACCGCCAGGCAGCCAAGCAGAGCAUGCCCGAGGCGCACCGGGCUCUGGGCAACGCGUGCCUGCACGGACGUGGCGUGGAGCAGAGUGCUGAACAAGCGGUGACGCACUUCCGUCAUGCGGCCGAAGCUGGCAACGCGUUGGCGCAGUUCGAUCUGGGAGCUUGUUACAUGCUUGGACGCGGCAUUGAGCAGGAUCAUGCCAAGGCGGCACAGUUCUUCUUCCUAGCUGCUGAAGGUGGAAUUCCGCAAGCGCAGUUGUGUCUGGCACAGUUGUUCGAGAACGGCCAGGGAAUUCCGGCAGACUACGAGAAGGCCAUUCAGUACUACCAGUUGGCAGCGAAGGGUGGACUGCAGGAGGCGACGCAGGCACUGGAUCGUCUUGGCGCACCUCACGAACCGGCACAGUAAACACAGCACAUACACACAUACAAACGCGUUUGGCAAAUCAACUCAUAGACACUGAUUGGGUACUGGUGUUGCAUUCUCCUUUGAACGAAUGUGUGACCUCUGGCAUCUUUCUU